UGCGGCCUUCCAUUCCAGCAAGCCAAGAACGAACGGACCAUGGCGGUGACGGGGAAGCGUGGCGUGGGUAUCCCGACGAUCCUGCUCCAUGAUGGCGAAGGUACGAUCGUGACGGUCGAGCUCAAGAACGGCGAUCUCUACCGCGGCUUCCUCGACGAGACGGAGGACAACAUGAACUGCGUGCUCAAGGACGCGUACCGGACCGAUAUCCGUGGCAUGCAAUCGCACUGCGACCAAGUGUACCUGCGCGGGUCGCAGAUCCUCUUCAUCAUCUUCCCAGACAUGCUCAAGCACGCGCCAUUCUUCAAACGCGUCAAGCUAUGGAAGAAGCACAAAGGCUCGAUUCCAGCGCUGGGGCUCGGCGGCGGCGCGCACAUUGGCCUUGGCAACAGCCAGCGCGGCCCGACUGGCGCGAUGGUGCGCAAGGGUCCCGUGCGACGCUAGGCAGGUAGACAACUCUCUAAUUGCUUAACUAUUAAGAAUGCACCAUUCUCAU